GUCAGACUCCAGCUCCCGUCACUUGCCCGCAAAAAAAAUCUCUUACACUCGUAUAUUUUUGUCCUUUUAGUCUGUGGAAAUGGCUGGGGGUUGUAUCACUGGGGGAGUCUUAGGAUGUGGAGGCAUGUGGCUCGGAGCGAGCAAGGGGACUACAGUCUCAUUGGGAAAGGAAACUGGAUCGGGGAGGGGAGCCACACCUCUGGCUCUGCUCUUGGAUCUUGGCCUUGAAGGUCUGUGGAUGUCCGCCUGUGGCCCUUUUCUGGUCUUCCAGCAAUCCUGCUCCUCCGUCCUGUCUGAAUUACUGCCUCAGUUUCUUCAGCCCUUCUGCCCUUCCUGCCUCUUACUAGUAGCCUUAUUUUCUCAACCACUGGAGCUUGAGUUGGUAAUUGCACUCAGGAUGUCCCUGAUUUCUGUGGGAUGGCUGGUUUUGGUCUCUUUCUCCAUGGCCUGUGGGUUUACCCUUCAGGAAAGGGUACAGCCUCUCCCAGGUAGGCCUCCGUAAGCUGAACCACACCUUUUUUUGGAGUCAGGAAGGGAAAAGGUAUCCUCACUUACAGAACUUCCCUUGGUGUGGGAGGCAGCAGCUGUGUGGGAGGCCCUAGCCUCUCAGGUUCGCCUGGCUCCCCAGGGCUGAGCAGAUGGUGUGGAGGCGGCAAGGGCUGGGAGUGCCCUAGUUUUUCCAUUUGUCUCACUGGGGACAACAGCUACUGUGCAGACAGGGGAUACGACUGUUGCAUGUCCCUCCUUUGCUCCUCAAACCUGAAUUCACCAGGCACAGGGCACUAGUUUUUAGCCUUCUCCUCUCCUUUCAGUCUCCUUGCUUUUAGGCAGGGAGGAAUCUUAUUCCCUUAACAAGACAGAAGAAGAGGUGGCAGGAGAGAGUGGGCAACCAGGGAAAUCCAGUAUUUCUGGAAAACUGUUCAAAACACUGGUUUCACACUCUUGGUUCAGUAUACCAAAUCUGUGAUUCGGGUGAAAUCAGUUGUCGUAAAUGUAGUUUCCACAGGCUAUUUGAGACAUAAGCCCCGUCAGCCCGGGUAGACAUAAAGAUACACAUGAGUUGGGCAGAAGACACACGGUGGGCCCGGAGCUGUCCAGUCGCCUUCCGCCCUCGCCCUCGGGGCUCUCCAGGACGGAUGCGCUUUCCCCCAGCCCCCAGAGGGCGCUGUGGACGAACCGCCGCAUUGCCGGCGGCGUCCCGGGGAGGAGCCUCUCCCGCAGCCGAGGCCGCCUCCGCGAUCGCAAACCCGGAAGACGUGCCCUGGCAGCUGGAAGUGUGGGGCGGCUGGGCACCGCCAUGCAGUCCCUGGAGGUAGGUCUGGUUCCCGCUCCACAGAGGGAGCCGAGACUGACCCGGUGGCUGCGGAGAGGCAGUGGGAUCAUGGCGCACCUGGUCGCUUUGGGCUUCACCAUCUUUCUGACAGUGCUGUCCCGGCCAGGAACCAGUCUUUUCUCCUGGCACCCUGUAUUCAUGGCCUUGGCGUUCUGCCUCUGCACAUCUGAGGCCAUCCUACUCUUCUCGCCUGAGCACUCCGUGUUCUUCUUCUGCUCCCGAAAGGCCCGGAUCCGACUCCAUUGGGCGGGGCAGACCCUAGCCAUCCUCUGCGCAGCCCUGGGCCUGGGCUUUAUCAUCUCCAGCAGGACCCGCAGUGAGCUGCCCCACCUGGUGUCCUGGCACAGCUGGGUAGGGGCCCUGACAUUGCUGGCCACUAGCGUCCAGGCACUGUGUGGGCUCUGCCUCCUCUGUCCCCGGGAAGCCAGGGUCUCAAGGGUGGCUCGCCUCAAGCUCUACCAUCUGACAUGUGGACUGGUGAUCUACCUAAUGGCUACGGUCACAGUGCUCCUGGGUAUGCACUCAGUGUGGUUCCAGGCCCAGAUCAAAGGUGCAGCCUGGUACCUGUGCCUGGCGCUGCCCCUCCAUCCAGCCCUGGUAAUCAUGCACCAGAUCUCCAGCUUCUACUUGCCAAGGAAGAAAAUGGAAAUGUGAAUUCCUCCAGACUGUGAAUCAAAAUGGGACACUUGACUUGGACUUCAGUGGUUCCUUUGGUGACCUUCAGGGAUCCACUUCAGAAGUGGUAGGGUUUUUGUAUUUCUUAGCUGGGCUAGGGGCUGCAGAAACCCAAACUGCCGUUGCUGACAGAUGACUCAGUGGGCCAAAAUGGGGAAAUGUACGGGGCGCAAGUGAAAGGUGAUGGGGAGCUUGAUCCUGAAGCCUCCACUCUUGAUGGGAGACAGAAGUGUUGGGUGGUGGUGGUGGUGGUGGUGGUGCUGGCAGUCAUUUCUUGCUUGCAUGCCUGGUGAAAAGUUGGAUUCCUGCAACUUAUGAAUGACAGCUAUGGCUCUUUGGGUCACUUUGAGAAAGCAAUGUAGUGGAGAGAGCCAGUGGGUCUUGUUUAUGGGGUAUGGUCCUUGUACACUCUAUUGUGGGACCUUAUGCGAGUCACAUGUCUCAGGACCUCAGUUUCCUCAUCUGUGUAAUGAGUGAUUGUUUCUAAACAAUCUCU